GGUGAGGGGAGGGCAGGGCUGAGCCGUGCCGGGCGGGCGACACCUGGGCGGCUGCGCUGCCUCCUCCUCCUCUCACGGUAGGUUUCGACUUUCUUCCCCGCCCGGAAACUUGGUGGUGGAGCCGCGUUUUUGCCGCUGUCGCAGGCCGAGUUGGCGCUGAGGUUUCCCUCGCCUUCUCCUUCCCCUUCCCCGGGGGCGAGCGAGCCCCCUUUGCCGCCCCCGGCGCCUCCAGGUGCAGAACUGCUUUCAUGCUGCUGGAUCGCCUAUGGUGACUGCAACAGUAAUAGCCAUCAGGGCUGGCUAGUUAUGAAGAUUUAUACCCAAGACAAAGCUCUGCACAUCUGCACAUUACAUGCUUAUUUCAGACUUUGAAAACCAUGGUGCUAUUUUCUUUCUAUAUACAAGGACUUUACAGGUGGACACACAGACAGUGACUUGAGGGCCUCUGUCAGACAGCUGCUACGUGACCAGUUUCCUUGCUGCUGGGCCGAGAGUGCCUGAUGCUGGCUCUCAUGGCUGAUCCCGGAGCAGAAGAACACGCGUCCCAAGUUAGUGAGCUCUGCUGCGAGUGCGGUCAGUUCCACCUCUUGCUGGACAAUCACCUCUACAACUUCCAGGAUGAAGUGGACGAUGAACUCAUCUGCCAUAUCUGCCUUCAGCCUCUGCUCCAACCUAUGGACACCCCCUGUGGACAUACGUACUGUUUCAAGUGCCUUGAAAACUUCAUGCAGGAGUAUAACUUUUGUCCUAUGGAUCGGAAAAAGCUCUCUUUCCAGCAGUGCCACAAGUCCAGCCUUCUAGUACGAAACCUGUUGGAUAAGCUAAUUGUCUUCUGUCCUUUCAAGGCAGAGUGUCAGCAGACGAUGCAGCGGUGUGAACUAGAAGCUCAUCUGCAGAACAGGUGUCCUGGUUUCAAGAAAUACAAAUCUGAACUACAACAGAAAAAGCAUCCCAUUUCCAAAGGGAAGGAAGAUCCUCCUUCCAAGGUGGAGACAAGCACGCCCAAGGAUCCAGAGGUACCGAGUGGAGGAUCGUCGCUCGUGGCAGAAAGCUCUGGAGCUGCUGUGGUAUCACUAGGGACUGCAGAGCCUGGACUGGUUAAUCCAGCUUUUGAAGAGACUGAAGAAGACCUUCCUCAGAGAACUAGUCUUGUGGCUGAAACAACCACAAUUGAAAUUCAUCGGGAAGACCCAGAAGAGGAGCUGGGGAUGAGGAUAGUUGGGGGUAAAGACACUCCCCUAGGAAACAUUGUUGUUCAGGAAGUCUUGCGGGAUUCUGUCAUUGCUGCAGAUGGAAGAAUAGCACCUGGGGACCAUAUUCUUGAGGUGAAUGGCGUCAACAUCAGCAGUGUGACUCACUGCCAAGCUGUCUCCUUCCUGCGCCACCCAGGUCCUGUUCUCCACCUCAUGGUCCUGCAGGAGAAGGGUUUUUCCAAUAAGACUGCGCAGCAGGAUUCCACUUCUGCUACGAAUCGGGAAGUGAUCCAGGUUACCUUGAUAAAGAGAGACCGAUCCGAACCCUUGGGAAUCAAACUGAUCAGGAAAACCGAUGAGGCAGGGAUUUUUAUUCUAGAUCUGUUAGAGGGAGGUUUGGCAGCCAAAAAUGGAAAGCUGAGUCGGAAUGACAGAGUCCUCUCAAUAAAUGGCCAGGAUUUGAGGCAAGGAACACCUGAGGCUGCUGCACAGAUAAUCCAGACCACUGAAUCAAGAGUGAACUUUGUCAUCCUGAGGCAGCAAGGCGUACAGCUGGCGGACCCGGUAGAAGAUGGUAGCACAUCAAAUAACAGCAGCAGCAGCAGCAGCAAUGGAGGAAGUCCGGUGCACCACCGGAGACGACUGGAUCAGAAUCACUACAGACGAAAAUCAAAUUACCAGAAGGAUUUACCUCAGGGAUAUGCAAGUCAUGAAAAGACAGUUGCAAUAAAAAAGGAACCAAAGGAAUCUUUAGGGAUAACGAUUGGAGGUGGAAGGGAUAACAAAAACAAGCUCCCUAUAUAUGUAACGAGUGUGCAGCCCAUAGGAUGCCUCUUCAGAGACGGCAGAAUCAAGCGAGGAGAUGUACUUUUGAGCAUAAAUGGCAUUGAUUUGACUCAUCUGAACUACUAUGAAGCUGUCUCAGCACUGAAAUCUAAUGCAGCUUCCCACUCAGUUGUACUGAAAGCCUUGGAAAUCCUUUCAUUGAACUCGACAGAUCCAUCUCUGGACAUCAAGGAGCAAGGAUUCAGCUGGUCUCCCCUCUGGAUCACCUGGCUCGGAUUGCCCAGCUACCUUCACUGCUGUCAAGAUAUCGUCCUUAGUAAAGGUAACCUGGAAAGCUGGGGGUUCAGCAUUGUAGGAGGCUUUGAGGAAAGCAAAGGAAACCAGCCAUUCUUCAUCAAAACCAUAGUGCCCGGGACUCCCGCCUUCCGAGACAGGAAACUGAAGUGUGGAGAUGAAAUCGUGGCAGUAAACGGAGUGCCAGCGAUAGGAAUGAGCAACUCGGAGCUAAUCCCCAUGCUGAAGGAGCAAAGGAACAAAGUCACGCUGACGGUGGUGUCCUGGCCGGGAAGCCUCGUGUGAAAGCUCAGACCAGACACACGCCACUGCCAGGUACCAGGUCUCACUUGGCCACCACCCAAAGCUAAACGUGACAGAUAAACCAAGGGACUGCCAAGUGCAGCGCCACGGAAGCCUUUGAGCUUUUUGCAGAAAACAUUUCUUUACUGUGCUGAGAUCAUCAACAGAUCUGGUUGUUGGAUUCAAAGGAACAGUUAACGUGAGCAGUUGGUGUAGCUUCACGGGCCCCUUAAAGCUCUUUAGGGUUGGUGUUGCAGAGGAAGCUCUCUUCCCUGUUUCUCUACAACUUGCCUUCGAGGUGCUCUCCUCAAUUUGUAGAGCUCUAGCUUUCCAUUUAAGAUUUUGAAAAGGUUAAAACAGGCAUGACUGGCCUGAUUUCCUAGGGUAGUUUAACACGGUCCCGCUGCUGAUCUCUGACUACCAGUCUUGGACAUUGAAGCAUUUUAUACAUGUUUUUAAAAGUCACUGAUAAAACUGUAACAAUGAGGACCCAAUUAGGCAGUUCCUAUAGCCCCCAGUCUCGAUAUUUUUAGGUCACAGAAACAUAAAUUAAUGUGAUUAUACAAUAAAAACCCUGCUGUAACUCUCAGAGCUGCCUGGUUAUGGUGGAGCUGGGCUGACCUGUAUGAAGGUCCUAGCACCAGGCAGCUGGUGUGAAUCCUGAUGUAGGAUCCUGCCAAACCAGAGUUACCAUAACACAAAGUUCUGCGUGAUGUCGGCCGCUUACCAGCGGUCUGCUCUUGGUGAAAGGUGUCUCAGCCUCGAGGGGCAACCAGGAGAGGUGGCCCAGCUCUAGGGGAGAUCAGAGUCACACGGCGCGUGUUUAGGGAGAGGAGUGGCUGGUUUGCAGUGAGAUCGGAGGUGAGGGAGAAGGGAUGCACGAGGCUCCUUGUCCCCACAACCUUGUUCCUCUGCAGCCUCUACCAAACUACCGCUGCUUUGGUUAAGGAAUCGAGUGCAUCCUCCACAGUAGCCAGAGCUAAGGAAUUUAAUUUUCACCCCCUUCCUCAGCUCGGUUUCGUGGUUUUAUGACCUGGUAAAAUGACCAGCUUUUCCCACAGAAGGUAGAUGAUUAAGCAAACAGGCUCCCAGAAACCUCAGUCCCGGGCUGCUGCUGUCUUAUCUUUAUCAGUUCCCCAGAGCUCAGGGGCGGGAGGACAGCCCAGGAGCAGCAGGCAGGUGCCAGGAGCUCCUGCAGUUCUGCUCCCGUCCCUCCUGCAGCUGGAGCAAGCUCUCAGCUCGCUGGCUCAGGGUGAGCCCCACCGUCCGCAAUAAGCCACCGCAGGAGAGGGCCGCGUGCCCACGGCGCUGCCGCUCCAACCCCCGCGGCGGCUCCAAUUUAGAAGAGAACAACUGAAGCCAAGGCAGGUGGCUCUGACCUGUGACACCUUGUGAAGUUCCCACCUGCAACCCCCCCCCAGGAAGCAGCUUCCUUUUUCAGCAGGUUGUUAAUCGGCACUAGAAAUGACAAACCCUUCUCAAACCAGGUUGCACUGAGAGAUCUUUCCCCUUCUUCCGCCGUGCCCUUCCCAGGGCCAGCUCAGAUUAAAAGAAUCAAAGGAGUUUCUUUCCCCUGGAAAGAUGCUACCUAGAAUGAAUGUUUAAUUCCUUGUUGUAGCAAACUGUGCCCAGCAUUGUCUUAAGGCUGGCCACUUCAUAAUUAGCAGAGUAGAAUUGUUCCUUGCUAGAUGACUUAGUUGUUUGCAUAGAGUGACUUCACUUCCUCGGCUCUCAGCUCCAGGCAGCAUGGAGCAGGACCUGCUAUCAGAGCCUCGUGUACAGAAAUAGUUUAGGAUCCAAUCGUCACAAAAGCUUUCCUGGCACACGGUGUGGCCUCUUUUCUUUGCUCGAUAAAUACCGCUGAGGACUCUGACAGCAGAGACAGCGCGUGGCCAGCUGGGCUCUGGGGCCUUUUUUCCCCUGUUGUUUCUACAGAAUGCUGAGAGCCAAAGAAUUCACAAGUCAGAAAGGUGCCUGUGGAAAACCAGUCACUCGACUUCUGUCUGACACAAAGGAACAGAAGAACCUGCAGCAAUUUUUUGUCUCUUUCCAAUCAAUGUGCAGAAUCUGGGCCUGGUGUGGAACAGUAAAUAUUGAUGUAGAUAGAGAGAGGGCGAUUCCUACUGAGUAGUACCAAAUGUCACUUGUAUAAAGUACAGUAGGAAAAAGCCGGGCAGCUGGUGGUCAGGCAGCUGAAGUGAAGAGGAUGCUGCAGAAAGCAGCUUGAUUUUUCCUGUUGCUCCAUCUCGUUUCAAGGUGCCUUCGACUUCACCAAAAAGUCCUAGUAAUUUAAAUAUUGUUUCCAAGAUCAGCUUGUUAAUAGAUGUUGAAUUUGUUUUGAUGCCUUUAUAAAUUAUUGCGAUAUUACUGAAAAACAUGGAUUAGAGGUGUUGUUUUUUUUUUUUUUUUA